UCGAUUUCUGUAAAUAAAUACAAAUGUCAUAAAAACAAAUUAUUUUGAUGCAUUACAUUAAUUUAAGUUAAAGUACGCAGCUCUUGGUAUUGAGGUUUCGCAAUGAUUGGGUUUGCUGAAUGGGAUGAGUCACCAAUCAUCAUUUAUUAACAACAACAAAAGGCGUACAAUGAAGGAUAGGCGGUAGUGGACUUACGCUACAUUGACGUAAUUAGAAGAGUUUGAUUUGGACAUUCCUUUGAAAAUGACAAUGGAAGUGGAGAUCGAUCAACCGGAGGGAUCAGCAGCCGAAAUAAUUGAUAAAGAUCAAAUAAUAGACUUUUUAACUAACAAUGAAACAAUCUGUUUUAAAAGUCAACAGAGAGGAGAGGAUGACCUAAGCAAGCAAGAAAAAACUAACAUCGCGUUAGAAAUUUAUAACAAAAGUAAAUUAAAUUUCCUCGUAAGAUUUGGUAAAUACCUUCAACGGAGCCAGUUGGACUUCUUCCAACAGUUUACGCAAAAUUGCGAAGAAAGCGACGAAAUCAACAUCGUACUCAAAAAUCAUCUUGAAACAGUCGUUAAAAAGAAGCAAGUAAAUGUGAAAAACCGGCGGUAUGAGGCUCUGAAGGAAAUGAUUCGGGAAGACUCGUAUUUUUCCGAAAUUGAAAUGAUGAAACGCAAUCCUUUAUUAUACGACCAACUAGUAGGUCAGUAUAUGACUGAAGAAGAGAGGGAAGAACGAGAUAGAAUUAACAUCAAUGAAAAUUCGACUUUAGUAAAAGUUUUAAUGGAGGGGAUCGAACGAGAUAACGCUCAAGUGAAGAGAAAAAAACAAGAAGAAUACGAAGAUGAAGUACGGGAAGAGGAAGAAAGUAACUCUGACGACGAGAUGUCGACCUCGCCAAAAAGCCCCAAAAUUACGCACGUCCAGUGGGGAGAAUUUCUAAGUGAGCCGACUGCACAAUCUGCGAAAAAAGCUAAAACUAAACAUGUAGCACCCGAAGAGCAGAGACUGUUGAAAGAAGAAUUUGUUUCGACUAUGUAUCAAGAUUUUUUGGAUGGAAAAGAUGACGAUUUUGACUACGAUAGCGUUGAUAAUAAUGAGAAAUACGAUAACAAUGAAAUGGUGGAGAACGACGAAGAGGAGAAAUAUUUCGAUGCGGAAGAACCGGAAACCGUGCCGUGUUCACAGAGUCCGGAAGAAUCGGAAGACGAAUUGGACAUUUUCAUGAGCGGUCUAAAUCAACAUCCUGGUGUAUCUCAACUGUCUAAAGACAUUCAGAAGUUAUAAACGCAGACAAUAAAGUGUGCAGUAUCGCGGUAAUGUUCAGUGAAACUUAGUAUCAGUGCUAGCAAUCAGGUUAAUGGGUAAUUAGAGUAAGAACCAACCGCGAAUAGUCUGUACAUAUUUAGGGAACAAUUAGAAGUUUCUCGUUGUGUAAGUUGUAAAAAUUAAAUCAUUUAAUUAAUUGAAUGCAGAAGCUUAUGGACAGUGAAACUAUGAAAGUUAUGACUAUAAUAUAAACUACACACGUGACUUGUGUAACACACGUACCAAUAAAAAGAAAGUGUUAUAUUUAUUACACAU